UGUAUUGGAGGGUGGCAAGAAAGAAGCCAUUAUUCAAAAAGAGCCAUCUCAAAACCUGCAGUUUCUCUGAAAGUAUGACUGACCCAGCUGAGAUCUAAGAAAGGCUUUCUAGUCAGGUCAGACCAAAAUGGAGCUUUUUUGGCCAAAUUUCAAAGCACUAUGUGUGAGAUUAUCCUAAAACAUGACUCAAGAAAUACCAUCCCAAUGGUGAAGUUGGGCAUUAGCAGCAUCAUGCUGUGGGGCAUCAGAAGGGCCUUAACAUCUUGUAAAACUGAAGGAAGAAUGGAUGGAGCAAAAUACAGAAAAAUACUGGUUCUGUCUCCUAAAAAAAAAAAAAAAAAAACAUUUUUUAGCAGACCAAUCCCAAGCACAAGAGCAAAGCAUAAUUGUAGUGUCUGAAGAAUAAGAAGGUGAAGGUCUUACAGUGGCAAAGUGAAAGUGCCAAUCUGAACAUUGUUGAGAAUCUGUGGCACUAUCUGUAAAUUGUAGUUCAAGAGUGUCACCCAACCAACCUGAACAACUGGGAGAAAAUCUGCCAAAAUGAAUUGGUAAAAAUCAGUCCUAAGCAGUAUGCAAAACUGGUAGCUGUCAUUUCAGCAAAAUGUUGUGAUCAAAUGUGUGUGAAUGACCGUUUUAUGUAUGAAGCCUGGGAUAUCCAUAAUAUACUAUACAAUAUACUAUUUGCAUGCCCUGCAGAUUUUUCUGCUGCAAUAUUUUUUUACAAAUCUGUAUGUACUGAUGUACCCUUACAGAUAUUGCAGCACAAAUUUUCUGCAGUUCUUAGUAAAAUAUUUUAGACGUCUGGUGACACUAUCUAGGGUAAACUACGCUGAUGUUGAGUCAAGAUUAUUUACACAUUAAUUGGGACUUUUUGUGGAUUCUUUCAAUGCUGACCUGCCGUAACUAAUACUAUGAUGAAAAGCAGUAUGGAGAUAAAACUGUUAAUUUCAGCAGUAAUGUUAUUGUGUGCUGCAGAAUUGAACCUGCAAAUCAUUCAAUGUUGUUAAAAUGUAUUGAUGGAAAUGACAAAAAAGAUAUUUCAUUGGUCUGCAGGUAGUGUAGUCCUCUUAUUGCUAGACUAUUGUCUAUUGUGUUCUUGCUAGCCUCCAAUUUUUGAACAGUGAACAGGCUGUAUUCUUAUCCAUGCAUGUAGCCUACUUUUUAACCAGAGAGGGGAGUUCAGUAAAAUAAAACAGAGGAGGGGACAAAAAGAAAAAAAAAAAAAUCAUGAAUCAUGAAUUAUCCAUUAAAUUCAUAUGGACUGUUAAGAGCCCCAUAUCGAUUAACAUACCUAUCACCAUUGUCUUAGGACACCUUGCAAUUGUCUUUAAUAUCACUUUAUGUGAUGUCUUGAUUUGUUUUAUUAUCAAGACAUCAAUAUACAGUAUGUUCAAGAAAUGUAAAUGCCUUGAGAUGUGUCGACUAAAGGAAAUAUUGUGUCUUGAAGACAAAUUGAACGCACUUCAUGAAAAUUGUUUUUUAUUACUAUAUAAUUCUUAUUAUAUAGUACAUUUUGAAGGAUCUUGUCUGCUUUCAUAAAGCAGGAAUCUGCAAAUGCUGUUAUGUAAUAGGGUAACAAGUGGCCUCUCCCUGCUUUAUUUUAACACGCGUCAACAAAUUCUACAGAAUAAGACAAUUGCUUGGGCAAGGAGGAUAUGACCAUGUGUACGCGGGGAUUUGCAUAUCUGAUGGACUGCCAGUCAGAAUUCACCUUCUCUAUGCUGUGUGCCCACAAACAAGCCUCUGAAGUGCAUCCUCAUCUAGACUCCAUAGUAACAUGUGUGGCCCUCAAAUAUGUUAGGAAAGAUGAAGAUGAGGAACUGCAGCUGCCUGGAAUGGAAACGCCCAUGCCCAAGGAAGUCAGACUGUUUCAGAUGGUUCACACCCCAUCGACUCAUCCCAACAUCCUGAAAGUCAUUGACUGGUUCGAUAGACCUGCAUCAUAUGUCAUGGCAAUGGAGCGCCCAGACCCCUGCAAGGACCUGUUCACAUACUGCCAAGAACAGGGGGGUGUGCUGGAUGAGGACCAGGCAUGCAGUAUAACCGGGCAGCUGCUGGGGAGCAAUACAGCACUGUCAAACGCGGAGUGGUUCACCGCGAUGUGAAGCCCGAGAACAUCCUGAUCCAGACAGACACUAAGGAGAUCAAGCUGAUUGACUUUGGGUGUGGGGACCCACUGAGGGACACCGCAUCUCUGGUCAGUGAGAGGGGGCAGUUCAUGCAUCUUAGCAGGUGUUUGGAAGCUCUGGAAAGAAGUCAUACUGUGAUGCAUCCGGAAAUAUAACUUGUAGCAUCAUUAAAUAAUUAUCUUGGGACACUUUGUGUUGCUGUUUUUCCCAGUGUACGAGUGUGUUCCUAUAUCCUGGCGGGACAAAUAUUUUAACUGACUAGCCCUAUGGUGUCCUGAUUUUUCUUGCGUCUGUUGAUCAGGGACCCCUGAAUUCUAGCCAGUUGAGUGGUUUGAGAAAGAGCAGUUUCUGGCAGGCCUAGGACCAUGUGGUCAGUGGGUGUGACACUGUAUGACAUCGUCUGCGGCAAUGAUCCCUUCACAACCUACACCAGCAGGAAAAUGCGGCAUUGUGGAGUUCUGUGCAGGGCUGCCACCAGGUGAGGAGCCAACAACAGAAUGUUGAGCAGCAUUUGGGCACACCCUCUGUUUCCCCUGUCCAGUCAUGCUUUUUAUUAGCUGCGACCGCAGCUCUAUAGCUCUGUCUGUCGGUUGGUCGGUCGGCCGGUCCACAAAAGUGUCCCACCCCGUGGCGGCCACAGUUUUCGCCCCAGGAGGCUGAAAUUUUGCAUGGACGUUGGUCAUGACCGGAAGGUACAGCUCAGGCCGAGUAACUCUCAGGCCGAUUGAUCAAGAGGGGGCACGGUGAUGGGCGUGGCCUCUCACAAAAAGGCGCAUAAAUCCCAAAUGGAUACACAGAUUUGCACAAGAUUUUGUGGAAAGGUUGGUCAUGAGCCAAAGAAGAGGUCACGUGUUUGUGUGAGGGUGUGUGCGUGGAUGCAUGCGUGUGUGUGGUCGCACCUAUUGAGGAUUCGCGCUUGUGCUGUUUCCCUAACAAGGAUCAAGGACUUCAUUCUGUGCUGUUUGAGGCCCAAGGGCAAAAGACCGACCCACCCUGGAGCAGCUACAACUCCACCCCAGCAGUUCAGCUGAGACACUUCAUUAUAGCAUAUGGAUGCACCCCACAGUCAGGUAUUUAAUUUUCUCACGAUGGAACACUCGCACUAAUCACAUCACAAAAUGCCUCUGCAAGUACACUUGCUUGUACUUUGAGCACUCUUGAUUCAAACCUCCACUGACAUUAAGUACACUGUAAAUAUCACUUUUACAGAAAUCUAAAAUUUUCACCCCAUUUGGUUGGAUUCAUUUAUGUAAAUCAGAAAUUAAAAGUUAGCGAAGUGAAUGACUGUUUGAUGUCCGUAUUACAGGUUCCUCAAUAAAGCUCGAUUGAGUUUGAACUACCUUACGUGUCAGCUUUCAUCAUGGAUACUUGCCACGUUACAGCUUAGCUAUAUCCCGCGUCUUACGUCGAUGACGAAGUCUUCAAUUUCUUCAAUCAGCUUCAUCCCCUCUUCUGGCAAAAAGCUAAUCGCGAUUAGCUUAGCUAGCUAACGUCAGCUCAUUAGCUAGCUAGCAAAUAUUAGCAUAACUCACUUUCCCAACUUUUGUAUAGGAAAGCUAACUAUGGAUCUGGAGAAGAAUUUACUAGGUUUUCCUAUAUCACAUUAGCAGCUAGCUAAUCGCAUUAGCUAGCUAGUUAGCUAUCAUUAGCUUGUUAGUUAGCUAAUAUUAGCAUAACUCACUUUGCCAACUUUUGAUAGUGAUUAUAUUAAGACAACACUUAACAGCUUGAAAUGCUAAAUAUUAAGCAUAUAAAUUACCUCAAAAUUCAUCAAAAUCGGCCCC